AUGUCAUCUGUAUCCUUGUCCCCUGCAGACUUCGUCUUCUUCGAGGCCUCCGCUUCGGCACCCUUCCAAAUCCGCAAAAUAGAAGAACUCAAUAAGACUUCCAGUGGAGCCGUUGAAGCAAAAGUCGUCUGUUUCUACCGGCGACAGGACCUAGCAAGCAGUUUGGUUCAACUUGCAGAUGCACAUCAACAAGAGCUCUUGAAAAACCUUAAGGAGCAUGCGUCACCUGAACAGGUACAUCAGCUUAAACAUCGCGAACUCUUCCUCUCGCGUCACCUCGAAGUUCUUCCCGCAACGCACAUUCGUGGCAAAUGCCAUGUCACCCUGCGCAGUGAAACCGAACCUUGCAUGUCCUAUCUUCAGAAAGAGGAUGCCUUCUUCUUUCAACUCGUCUACGAUCCUGUGAAUAAAACUCUUCAGGCUGACAGGGGUGCUAUUCGUGUCGGUGAGGAAUAUCAAGCUGUUGUACCCGAGAGAAUUAGUAAGUUUUUUUCUGACCAGCUCUGCUUCUGUCAGAUUCAUUUCCGCCUUUGCUCAAUUUCAGGCCAUUUUUUAUUUGUACAUGAAAUCCACGAAUUACUCAAUUGA